GUCUCGGUAAAAUGGCAGAAGCCAGCAUUUCCGUGGCUCAGGACCAGUUGAGCUGUUCAGUUUGUCUGGAUCUACUGAAGGAUCCAGUGACCAUUCCCUGUGGACACAGUUACUGUAUGCACUGUAUUACAGACUGCUGGAAUCAGGAGGAUAAGAAGGGAGUUUACAGCAGCUGCCCUCAGUGCAGACAGACCUUCACUCCAAGACCUGUCUUAUGUACAAAUGUGGUGUUUGCUGAAAUGUUGGAGAAUCUGAAGAAGACAAAACUCCAUGCUGUUGUUCCUGCUCACUGCUACGCUGGACCUGGAGAUGUGGAGUGUGACAUUUGCACUGGAACAAAAUGCAAAGCCAUCAAGUCCUGUUUAGUGUGUCUCAACUCCUACUGUCAAAAUCACCUCGAGCAACACGAGAAUUUUUUUAAAGGUAAGAAGCACAACUUGAUGGAUGCCACCAGCAAACUACAGGAGGUGAUCUGCCAUAAACAUGUUAAACUUUUGGAUAUCUACUGUCGUACUGACCAGCAGAGCAUUUGUUAUCUGUGUGGAAUGGAUGCACACAAAAACCAUGACACUGUAACAGCUGUAGAAGAGAGGAUGGAGAAGCAGGAACAGCUGACAAAGACACAGACUGAGUUUAAAAAGAGAAUCCAGCAGAAAGAGAAAGAUGUUCAGGAGCUGAGAGAGACUGUAAAGUCACACAAGCGCUCUGCACUGGCAGCGGUGGAGGACAGUGAGAAGAUCUUUACUGAGCUGAUCCACUCCAUUAAGAGAAGACGUUCUCAGUUCACACAGCGGAUCAGAGAUCAGGAAAAAGCUGCAGUGAGUCGAGCUGAAGGACUCUUGAGGCGACUGGAGAAAGAGAUCGAUGAUCUGAAGAGGACAGAUGCUGAGCUAGAGCAGCUUUCACACACAGCCUAUCACAGCAAUUUCCUCCAGAGUUUCAAGUCUUACUCAGUUCCUCCCGAAUAUUCAGAUGUACCCAUUACUUCCUCCUCUCCAAUUUCCUUUGAUGGUGUGGCAAAAUCUGUCUCCUUGCUUAGAGAGAAACUUGAGGAUUUCUACAAACAGGCUGAUAUUUCUCCCGCUGUCCCACUGUGUCCUUUCAUGACCGUCAGAGUGGGCGCUGGACAAGACAAGAUGUGUGAGUUUCAGGCUUUGAGUUUGUGA